UUGCAGGUUCUCUCUUUCGUCGCCUUUAUACUGGCAAUAUGCGCAGAUAGAAGGUCCACAACGGCUGCAUGGACUGAGCAUAUCACAUUCGAGACAAUGAUCGUUGUCUGCCUGUUACUCGCUGGUUACGUGUGCUUUCCACAUCUCACUAUUCGUGAAGAGCCAACAAGGGAGGGACUGAUUGUUGUGGAGCUCCUCUUCUAUGGAAUUAAUACCUUAUUCUACUUUAUCUCCAUUUGGUUGAUGGUACAUUUGUCGGCUAGUUGGGGUACUGAUGGACGGGGUGCUGCAAUCAUGACAGCUAUCCUUUGCGUGGCUCUGACAAUCAUUUUCGGCAUUGAGACGUUCCUCAAGCUGAAAGCAUGGCGUGGCGAGAACGAGCCAAGCAGCAAAGUGAUCACCACCGGCAAUCAGCCCUCACAAAGCUAA